ACCAGGCAUGCAGCAUGUAUGUUUUCAUUCUGCACUAACUAGACUUGUUUCGGUUUGGCCGAGAGUCUGCUAGCAGCUAUCUGUAAACUUCGUCCCCCGGGUUCUUUUUAGUGAAAUGAAUAGUGGAUAGUAAUGGAUUAGGACACGGGCUGUUUUAAUAUGUUGCCGGUGAACGUUAGAGUCAAAUAAGGUCGUCGGGGUGCACGUAGCUAGACAGACUCGUUGGUACGUUGGUACCCCUGCGAGUGAACAUUAUAUUGCUUCCAUCUAUAUUCUGCAUUUCUGGAAAAUGCACCAUAAGGAAUAGCUGAAGGAUUGGAUACACUCGCAGUUGCUGGGUGUUCUGCAAAACCCUCUCCAGGCUACCUGGGGGAAACCCGUGUAUCGCUUGCUAGAACUAGUUUAGCUGGCCACCAUGCAUAUAACACAGCUGACCUAUCGAUGCUACCUCUCUGCUUCUCCACUCUUCAGAGUUAACUCCCUUAGACUCCUGUCAACCACACAAAUAUCCAUGGCAGCAUCCUCCAGACACAAGAAUGCCAAAAGGAUUGAAGGCUUGGACAAGAACGUGUGGGUUGCCUUCACGUCGGUGGCAGCUGAUCCGUCCAUCGUCAACCUUGGCCAGGGUUUUCCUGACAUCCCCCCUCCCUCAUACGUGAAGGAAGGUCUGGCCCAGGCUGCGUCAGUGGACCGACUGAACCAGUACACAAGAGGCUUUGGCCAUCCCACUUUGGUCAAAGCCCUGUCGCAGGUGUACGGGAAGGUGUGUGAUCGGGAGAUCGACCCGUUCAAGGAGAUCCUGGUGACAGUGGGGGGUUAUGGGUCGCUCUUCAGCUGCAUGCAAGCCCUGGUGGAGCAGGGCGACGAGGUCAUCAUCAUCGAGCCCUUCUUCGACUGCUACGUCCCCAUGGUGCGGAUGGCCGGAGCUACGCCAGUGCUGAUACCACUCAGAUUGAAGGCGGGCAAGAAAGGAGACAACAUCAGUAGUGCAGAUUGGGUUCUCGACCCAGACGAACUGGCCAGCAAGUUUACCUCCAAGACGAAAGCCAUCAUCAUCAACACACCAAACAACCCCAUAGGAAAGAUCUUCACCAGAGCUGAGCUGCAGACCAUAGCUGACCUGUGCAUCAAGCAUGACACCCUGUGCUUCAGUGAUGAGGUGUACGAGUGGCUCAUCUACAAGGGCCACCAGCACAUCAAAAUAGCCACUCUGCCGGGUAUGUGGGACCGCACUGUGACAGUCAGUAGCGCAGGAAAGACCUUCAGUGUCACCGGCUGGAAGCUUGGCUGGUCCAUCGGCCCAGAGCACCUGAUCUGUCACCUGCAGACGGUCAUGCAGAACACCCUCUACACCUGCCCCACUCCACUACAGGAGGCGGUAGCGCAGGGUCUGCUGGUGGACUAUGAGCGAAUGGGGACACCCGAGUGCUACUUCUGCUCCCUGGCCACCGAGCUGGAGGGCAAACGUGAUAGGCUGGCCGGCAUCCUGCGCUCCGUUGGCAUGACGCCCGUGGUGCCAGAGGGAGGCUACUUCAUGAUCGUGGACGUCACUGCACUCAAUCAGGACCUGUCGCACAUGGACAGUGACGAGGCGUACGACUACAAGUUCAUCAAGUGGAUGAUCAAGGAGAAGAAACUGGCUGCCAUUCCAGUCACGGCUUUCUGUGGAGAUGACUCCAAGAAGCAGUUUGAGAAAUACAUUCGCUUGUGCUUCAUUAAGCAAGACAGCACACUGGACGCAGCGGAAGUCAUCCUGAAGAACUGGAACAAGUGAACACCACUCUGGGAAAGAGACGAAGACCAGCUAUACAGCUUCACAUGGGUCAUGGAUGUUUUUAGUAGCACAAGUCAGGUGGUGUGCAGCCACAGCUAAUGCCACUAUUGUAUGGAAUAGAUUAUUAUUUUUGCUGGGUAGUAUUCAAAGAAAAACAUUUGUGCUAUGUAAAUGAAAUAUGAGUACUAACUUGACACAAUGGUGACAUUAUCUGUGGUUGUCAAUCACGUCAAUCACCCAUACUGAACUCACCCAGAUGCAGAUUGUAGCGACUGUGAGGACUCAUCUCCAUUAGUUGGAUGGUGACAUUAUUGCAUCUUUUUUUACACAUCAUACCUGUAGUUACUGAGACCGUUUGAAAGUAUUCACCAUGAGUGCCUUCUAGACAAGACUUUUGAGGUAUUGAUUUGGUUUUAGUUUUAUUGAGUAAGGUCUUCACUCCAGGGACCUCCACUUUCUUGAUCAGAGGUGUUGUGACAUACUGGCAGAGGUGUAUAAAGCAGAAGUAGAAGUGCUCUUACGAAUGUGAUAACAUCACUUGUGUGGUGUGAUAUUACAUGGAAUCAACUUUAUAAUAUCAUUCUACGAGUGUUGUAAUUACAUCUGUAAGAGAACUUCUACUUUUACAACUCUACACACUGCUGGUUUACAGUGUUAACUGGUCGUACAUUAGAACUGAUUGGUUCAUUGCUUUUAGGUUUAUCAUACUAACUCAUAGUGGUGUGGAUUGGCACUGCCCUCACGACCCGAUUCGAUCACGAUUCGGGACGUAGCGAUUCAAUUCGAUUCGAUUCAAUGCGAUGCGAUCCAAUUCAAUCCUACAAUGCAUUGCAACACAUUACAUUUCUACUGGAAGCAAAGCAAAUGUUUAAUCAGUCAUGAUGAGGCAAUACAAGUAGUCAGAUACUGAGCAACAAUUUAUUGGCUGUUUUCUGUAUCAGUCUGUACCAGUCUGUAUCAGUCUUGCAAUGUUUUGAAGUUCUUUUAUUUAAUUUAACAUUCAUUUGCGCCCAAAAUAUCCAUGGAAGUAAUUGAAAGUUAUAAAAAUUGCCGGAUCGAUUCUGGAACUUGCCGGAUCAAUUCUGGAUCGUCCAUGCCCCGCAUUGGAUUGCAUCGCCGAAUCGAUCAUUGUUGACACCACUACUAACUCAAAACCCUGAAGCUGCUUUUAUUUUACACGUGUCUUUAAAUAAGGACCUGUCCAUCUGUAACACGGUGCUGUUGACCUGAAACGUGGAUUUGAAUUGCUUCACUAUGCAACGUGAAUGGACCCUUAGAGUCAGGAGUGUAUUUUCUAGACAAGGUGAAUGUUUUUUAAAAAAUAGAGUUCCUGGAAGUGCUGUUGUUAACCUUGUCAACACAAAACUGUGAAAUGAAACACAUUACAGUGCUGACUCUUGAAUUAUGUUGGCCGUAGAAUAUUUAAGCACCUAUACAAAAUCUAGUUUUUUAAUCCCCCAUUUUUAAUGAUGACGGUUGAUUUUUUAUUUUAUUUUCUGACAGUGAGAUUUAGAGUACAAGGUGCUUAUCCCUGUGCAGAGGCUGCUGUUCUUUAAACUUGAAAUAAGUGAGAUAAAGCACAACGCUUGAGGAUGUCAGGAAAAGAAAUAAGAGUUUUAUUUAGUAAUUUCACAAGAAGUGGUAACUAUGAUAUGUGCACCCAAAAGGGUUCUUCAGCAUUAAAAAUACUUUUUUCCAUGGA